AUGAGUAGUACCCUCGUCUCACCGACUGCACUGCAGUUCGAGCACCAUGCGACCGGCUUCGGGAUCGGCCACCCAUCACCGCGUCUGUCAUGGAAGCUCACUACCCCUGGCACCAGACACCCCAGGGACUGGACCCAGACGGCCUAUGAACUCCAGGUAGCUCGAGGAAGACAGCAACUGGAGCAGAGGUAUUAUGUCGACAGCGACCAAUCCGUGCUGGUUCCGUGGCCCUGGAAGCCCCUCGAGUCGCGCGAAGCAGCCCGCGUCCGAGUACGCUGCCAUGGCAAGGAGAACGCCGCAGACGAGCAAAGUGUCAGUGAGUGGUCGGAAUGGGCAACUGUCGAGGCCAGCCUGUUGAGACAGGAGGACUGGCACGCAGCGUUUAUAACAUCGGCUCGCCCCAUCGAUGCUGCCGCGCCGCUGGCCCCAAUUCGGUUCCGCAAGCGGUUCCAGCUACCGAUCAACUGUGUCCCUAAGACUGGGGCGCGGCUGUACAUUACUUCCCUGGGGGUGUAUCACGCCUUUCUGAAUGGAACCCGUAUUGGCGACUACUGCUUGGCGCCUGGGUGGACUGCUUAUGACCAUCGACUGAACUUUCAGACAUUUGACGUUACGGAUCUUCUGCACGAUGACGGGGAGAAUGUGCUGGCCGUGGAAGUCGGGCCAGGAUGGUACGCAGGCCGAUUAGGGUUCAAUGGCGGGAAGCGGUGCUGCUAUGGCAGUGCAGACCUCGCUGUUCUUGCCCAGCUUGAGGUUACGACAGAGACGACUGGGAUCUGCUGGAUGCUGCCGUCAGACGACACGUGGGAGUGCCUGCAGAGCGCAAUCCAGUCCAGUGAGAUUUACGACGGCGAGGUGUAUGAUAUGAGGCGCGAUGAUGCUUCAUGGACGAUUGCUGGCCACGACCAGAGGGACUCACCAGCAGUCGCCGCGCGCGUGGUGGGCUGGCCACAGGGGAGGUUGGUCGCCCCAGACGCACCCCCGGUUCGAGUGGUCCAAGAAAUCCCAGUUUCGGAACUUGUGGUCAGCCCCAGCGGAAAGGUGAUUCUGGACUUUGGUCAGAAUCUGGUGGGAAAGGUCCGUAUCCGGUCAGCCACAAUCCCCCAGGACUGGCAGCUCUCUCUCACCCAUGCAGAGGUCCUAGAGGAUGGCGAGCUGUGUACGCGCCCCCUCCGCACGGCGAAAUGCACCGACGUUAUCCUAGGGUCUGGAAAAGAGCUCUCUAACUGGACACCGGCAUUCACAUUCCAUGGCUUUCGGUACGUCCAGGUUGAUGGUUGGGCCGGCGGACAACCUUCGCCCGAUAACUUUGUUGCCCUUGUUAUGCACACCGAUAUGCCGCGUCGAGGAUGGUUUGCGUGCUCGAACAGCCACAUUAACCGUCUCCACAACAACAUCGUCUGGGGUAUGCGUGGCAACUUUGUUUCAGUUCCGACUGACUGCCCACAGCGUGACGAGCGACUCGGGUGGACUGGCGAUCUGCAAGUGUUCUCAAACACUGCCGCGUAUCUCUUCAACACUACAGGCAUGCUCGCCGAGUGGCUGCAGGAUCUAUCGGCUGAGCAGCUUGAGACCCACCGCGGUGGAGUUCCGCCUCUAGUUGUGCCUGAUGUGAUUCAGAAGGCCGGUAGGAGCCUGCCACAGGCUGUCUGGGGUGAUGCUGUGGUAAUAGUACCAGACGUAUUGCAUCAGUACUCAGCCGACCCGAGCAUUCUCCGGCGCCAGCACAAAAGCAUGACAACGUGGCUGGAUCGCGGCAUACCACGGGGUGCUGACGGGCUCUGGGAUCCAGAAAGAUUUCAACUGGGCGAUUGGUUAGAUCCAACAGCUCCACCGGAUCAUCCUAAGGACUCCCGGACGGACGGGGUGUUGGUAGCAGAUGCAUACCUCGUGCAUAUAACAUCCACACUCGGGGCGAUAUGCAAGACUAUUGGACAUAUACAAGACGCAAAGCGCUACACGGCCGACGCGGAACGCCUCAGGGAGGUCUUCGCCGCAAAGUACAUUUCCCCCCAGGGGAACAUCAUGUCCAACACCCAGUGUGCUAUUUCCCUCGCAAUUUGCUUCUCGCUGUACCGAAAUAUAGAUCAGAGGCGCACUGCGGCAGCUAGCCUCUCUCGCCUCGUUCGACGGGGCAAGUUCGCAGUCACAUCAGGAUUCGUCGGGACCAAGUUCAUUACAGAAGCCCUGACCCUUACACGUCAACCCUCUCUGGCAUACCGAAUGCUACUACACAAGAGAUGCCCCUCCUGGUUAUAUCCACUGACGCAGGGUGCAACAACGGUUUGGGAGCGCUGGGAUAGCAUCCAGCCUGACGGCUCAGUUAACCCCGGUGAGAUGACCAGCUUCAACCACUACGCUUUGGGGUCGAUUGCCAACUGGCUUCAUACCAGUGUUGGUGGUAUUGCGCCGUUGGAGCCAGGGUGGAAGACCGUCAGGAUUCGGCCCGUGGUUGGAGAGGAGCUGCAGUGGGCUGAGACGCGUUUCGAUGGGCCCCAUGGUGAGGUCCGCUGUCGGUGGGAGACAGACAAGGGGGAAUUCCGCAUGGUUGUGCAGAUUCCGCUGAAUACAAGGGCAUUCGUCACAACUCCUGACGAACAACAUACGGACAUAGUAGAGGAGGAUGAACCGGGGACAUGGAUUGGGUCAGGGGUGCAUGAGUUUCGCCGCCCAUAUACCGCGAAGGAAGACUGGCCGCCACGGCCACUUCUCGCUCCGCUUGAGCGGGACGAUGAUGAAGCUAUCUGGUCAGAUUCAACUGGUGUAGGGCAUUUUACCAACGCGGAGUUGCUGGCGGGGCGCGGCGACCCUUGA